GAACGCUCGGAGAUCGCCAGGGACUCGCAAAGAUGCAGAGCUCCACAGAGCAGUUGACAAGGUGCAGUACCAUAACGUUGGCGGAGGAAAUAGCGGAGAACACCAACAACAUAACAACGUCUCCUACUGUAUCCGAAAAAAUCAUGACUAUCUGCAAAAGGUUACGCUGGAUAUACAUGGAUUUAGCUUUGGCGUUAUUAAUGAUUACACUCUUAGCGCUCUUGGAAUUUCUCGCGCAACCGUACCAGCGGAUCGGUUUCGUUUGCAAUGACCCGAAGAUCUCGUUCAAAUUCACGGGCGAUACGAUCUCAGCAGGUGUAAUCAUAAGCUUCAGUAUCGCCAUGCCUUUACUAGUGAUAUGGAUCGCGGAAUACAUCUACUAUUCUGCCGAUAGUUACGAGAACGCGUCAUGUUACGGCACCCGGAGUAAACUAAUCUGGCGCUGGUACGGACAGUACACUGCGGGGAUUUUGACGCUUACGUUCCUCUGCGAAGCCAUGAAAAUCCUGAUCGGCGAGCCGCGGCCGCAUUUUCUCGACACGUGCAAACCGCGCGAGGCGGCCAACUGCACCAAUGAAUACUUUAUUUCUUACACGUGCACGAAUACCGAAGUCUCCACUUGGUUCCUCAACGAUUCCAAUAAGUCUUUUCCCUCUGGUCAUGCUGCUCUCUCCGUUUACACGAGCAUCUUUUUGGUGUGGUACCUACAGAAUCGUAUGCCGAGUCGGACGUUGUUUCUGAAACCGUGGCUGCAGUGCCUGGUGAGCAUGUGGGCCGUUACGUGCUCGAUAACCAGAGUGGGCGACAACCGGCAUCACUGGUGGGACGUUCUCAUCGGCGACGUCCUCGGGCUUCUAUUCGGCCUAUUCGUCGUGAUAUUAUCGUGCCGGCACUUCUGUCUCGAGCGUACCGCCGCCAAUGCCGCCGACGCUGCGACGCACGCCCUUAACGAGCCCCUGGAGAACGGCCAGAUCGGAGACUACGUCACGCAGCGCAAGCACAACACCAAGAAGCUGUUCAGUCCUACCGUCGUCGACAUCUCGGAGGACCGAGAGAUGAAGGACAUCGCGACUUGGAGUAAAUAAACGCGUUCGUAUGACGAGGGGUUGACUUCAGGGAUGGAGAUGGAGGACGGAGGAACACAAAGAAUCGCGAUGAUCGAAUCAUUCGUUUCGGAAAAGAUCGAGCCACUCGUUCGUUCCAAAAAUAUCAAUCGAAUAUUUUCGCUGUACCUGAUCUGUUUUUAAGUAAUG